AUGGGAAACAAGACUGUAGCAGAUUCUGUGUUCACCAAGGAAAUGUAUGAGGUGGAUGACAAGUGGAAAGAAGACGUGGUGCCCCACGGCCGUGGCUGUAACCCGCCCGCUGCACGGCCCCCCGGCAGCGCGGCUGGACCCCGCACGCCAGGGUGGGCGCGCGGCUGCGCCUCCGAGCAGGAAGAAAACCUGCUGGUUCUCACUGUUGCCACCAAGCAGACUGAGGGAUUCCAACGCUUUAGAAGAUCAGCCCGAUUCUUCAACUACAAAGUCCAGGUGCUGGGGCUGGAUGAGGAAUGGCAGGGUGGAGAUGACAAGAAGCCAGCAGGAGGUGGGCAGAAGGUCCGUCUCUUGAAAUCAGCUUUGAAGCAGUAUGCAGAUAAGGAAGACUUGAUCAUCCUUUUCAUAGAAAGCUAUGAUGUACUCUUUGCUUCGGGCCCCACAGAACUGCUGAAGAAGUUCAAACAAGCCAAGAGCAAGGUGGUCUUCUCAGCAGAGAACUACAUCUAUCCUGACAGAAAGUUGGAAGCCAAGUACCCUCAGGUGCGAGACGGAAAGCGCUUCCUGGGUUCUGGAGGCUUCAUAGGUUAUGCUCCAAACCUGAAGAAGCUUGUGGAGGAGUGGAAAGGACAGGAUGAUGACAGUGACCAGCUCUUCUAUACGAAUGUCUUCUUGGAUCCAGAAAAAAGAGAAAGUAUCAACAUCAGUCUAGACCAAAGAAGCCGGAUCUUCCAAAACCUAAAUGGAGCAUUAGAUGAGGUAGUUCUGAAGUUUGAAAACUCACGAGUGAGAGCAAGAAACUUGUUAUAUGACACUCUGCCUGUGGUGAUUCAUGGAAAUGGACCCACCAAGCUGCAGUUGAACUACCUGGGAAACUACAUUCCUCAAAUAUGGACAUUUGAGACUGGCUGCACUGUGUGUGAUGAAGGCCUGCGAAGCCUCACAGGGUUUAAGGAUGAAGCAUUGCCAAUGAUUCUGAUUGGCAUUUUCAUUGAGCAGCCCACCCCAUUCCUCUCCCAGUUUUUCUUGCGGCUUCGUAACCUUCAUUACCCGAAGCAACGAAUCCAGCUCUUCAUUCACAACCAUGAGCAACAUCACUUGAUGCAGGUGGACUCUUUUGUUAAAGAGCAUGGCAAAGAAUAUCUCGCCAUCAAAGUGAUUGGGCCAGAUGAUGAGGUGGAGAAUGCUGAGGCGCGUAACUUGGGCAUGGAUUUGUGCAGAAAGGAUCCUGACUGUGACUACUACUUUAGCCUGGAUGCUGAGAUAGUUCUGAAGAACACAGAGACUCUAAGGAUCCUGAUUGAACAGAACAAGCUGGUGAUUGCCCCACUGGUAAGCCGUCAUGAGAAGUUGUGGUCAAAUUUCUGGGGAGCGCUGAGCCCUGAUGGAUACUAUGCCCGCUCAGAAGAUUAUGUGGAUAUUGUUCAAAGGCGGAGGGUCGGGCUUUGGAACGUUCCCUACAUCAGCAGCGUUUACAUGGUUAAAGCCAAGGCUCUGCGAUCGGAGCUCGACCAGGGAGAUCUCUUCCACAGUGGCAAGCUGGAUGCUGACAUGGCUUUCUGCCACAACGUUCGGAAUCAGGGCGUCUUUAUGUACCUGACAAAUCGACAUCAGUUUGGACACAUACUGGCCCUGGAGAAUUAUCAGACAACUCACCUCCACAAUGACCUCUGGCAAAUAUUCAGCAAUCCUGAGGACUGGAGAGAAAAGUACAUCCAUGAAAACUACACAGCAGCUCUGAAAGGGAAAUUGGUAGAAAUGCCCUGCCCAGAUGUUUACUGGUUCCCCAUAUUCACUGACAUUGCCUGUGAUGAGCUGGUGGAAGAAAUGGAACAUUAUGGCCAGUGGUCCACAGGUGACAACACGGACAGCAGAAUACAAGGAGGAUAUGAGAACGUCCCAACUAUUGACAUACACAUGAACCAAAUUGGCUUUGAAAGAGAAUGGUAUAAGUUUCUUCUGGACUAUAUUGCACCCAUCACAGAGAAACUGUACCCAGGAUACUAUACCAAGACUCAAUUUGAGCUAGCAUUUGUAGUUCGCUACAAACCUGACGAGCAGCCCUCUUUAAUGCCCCAUCAUGACGCUUCCACCUUUACCAUUAACAUUGCUUUGAACCGAGUUGGAAUAGACUAUGAGGGAGGAGGCUGCCGGUUCCUGCGCUACAAUUGCUCCAUUCGAGCUCCACGGAAAGGGUGGACCCUUAUGCACCCAGGACGCCUGACCCACUAUCAUGAAGGUCUUCCAACCACCAAAGGAACCCGUUAUAUCGCAGUGUCCUUUCUUGACCCCUAGAGCCACGCUUCACAGGAAGGACCUUUCCCUGGCCCUGCUCACUGCUGACUUUGAGUGGAAACAGGGAAUGCUGCUGAGAGUUUCUAAGGCAUUGAUCAAAGCUAUUUGGAUAUUGAUUUUUAAUAUUUUAAGACUCCACUACUGGAAGAUCUCACUCUCUGAUACUGCAGGUAAUAUCUAGGAAUAUUGCUGUAGAAUUUGGAAGGAGAUUUUGUGCCUUCAUUUCUGAUUCUGCUCCUCAUCCGCUGUUUCUUGGAAAUGCGAUUUACUUGAACCUUCACUGAUUGGUUGGCUUUACAAAAAUGCUUUCUUGGACUGGAAAUCCAGCUUUUUGGAGGCAAGUCACAAGCUCUCUCUCCAAGUAGCUGGAAGCCCAUUUUCAUCCACAGCAGAUAUGGGACUGGACGUUAGACAAUAAUUCCUGGAUACUAUUCCAAAUAUAAACCAAUCAGGGAGCUGACUCCAGGAGUCAUAACAGUUAAAUGUUAUACCAGAUGAAACUCAGUAAUAAGAGCCUGAAGAUCAUCUGAUUCCUUACCUCUUUGCAGUCCUUGGAAGCAUAUCACAAAGUUCAAAGCAGCAGCAGUGGCAAUACAGGUGCUUCCAGUUAGCUAAAGGAAGGUCUGCUAAUGAUACUUUACCUCUGGGAUUAGACUGAAGAGAUAAAAAGAUAGCCUCCCUA